UUCAGUCAUUUUCGAGAGUUCGAAGUUUAUCUCCGUUGCAGUACAUUACAAGCAACCAAGUAUGAAGGAGAUUUUAAUUUUAACGUUUGUUUUUAUUGCCGAUACAUCCUGUAUGGAAUUCAGGGAAAAUGUAUUGGCACCAUGUAUAGGCGACGAGGACUGCGAUCAUCUUUCAAUUGAUGCGAAGUGCAUUAAUAAAGUUUGCGAAUGCCCCAACUGUGACUACGAUCAUGAAUCGGUCAUUGUCACGAGAAUCGGAGAGUCCUGCAGGAAGCUGAAGGAUUGCAGCGUCCUGGAUUCGUACUGUCUGCAGAACAAGUGCGUUUGCAAAAAAGGAAUGAUCGCCGCGUCCAAAGGAAAAAAAUGCCUGAAGAUUUCGCAAGGAGUCGGAUCGGUUUGCUUAGAAGAUUCUCAAUGUUCCGCCAACGUGACUAAUUCAAUUUGUUACAAUGGCAUGUGCAUAUGUCAUGAUAACUUGCAUUUGGUUGGGAAGCAGUGUAUUGCCAAUAAGACGUUGGGAGAAUCUUGCCACGAGUCGAAUGAAUGUACUGUCGAGUAUAGUGAAUGUGUUGAUAAUGUUUGUAGUUGUAUCCAAAGAUAUGUGAGAAGCGACCAGAGAUGUCUUCUGCAGUCGAAGACAUUUCUCUCGCCAUGCGUAGAGGAUAUCCAGUGCACCGAGACGUUGGGCUCCGGUUCGCAGUGCCUUCAGGGCUUUUGCAACUGUUACGAUCUUUUCCAAUUCAAAGCUGCUAACAACAAAUGUGUCAAAGAUUUAUUGCUGGGCAAUAUUUGUAAGGAAAACGGAGAGUGUCAUCAGCCGGGGCCAGAACCGUCGAGGUUGGAGUGCAUUUUGGGCGAAUGCAAAUGUAAAGCACCCUAUGAACAGGUAGAUCAUUUCUGUGUAUCCGGAGCGAAUAGAAGCCACCUAUCCUGGGCUCUGGCCAUUGUUGUAUGGAUGGUCGCCCGUUUCUGCCGUGUUUAAACUAUCCUGAUUGAUUGUGAACACUAAUACUUAAAAAUAUGUAAUAUUGCUCAUUCGUGGCGCUCGUAAUCACGACAUCCAUGGUUCCAAUCAUUAGUCACGGUGUUUAUAUUUAAUUAAUCUCUCUGUACAUAUUAAACAUUGUGUUUUGUUUCUUUUCUUUGUUCGAAAC